ACAGAGUAGACAUUUACUGUGUCCUGGAGAAGGCAUUACAGCAGGACACCGGGAGCCUAGAGAGAAGGCUAGUGAACAAAAUAAUAACCCUAGCCUUUGACCAGAUGAGAGAGAGUCAGCAAGUAACAAAUGAACUUAAAGUGGCAGCUAGUAACACCUUAGUGACGCUGGCUUGCUGCUAUUUCAAUAAUGUGAUGUGUGAGCUGCACUGUCAUCUGGAACCACCGCAGCUGCCUGAAGAGUUUAUUUUAGUUACGCUGCGCAACCUGUCAUCAGCCUAUGCGCUUAAGUGUAUCCCUUUUAUGGUCCUGACCCUGUUGUUCAUGUCCUACAUGCGGAAGUUAGUCAAGGGCGGCAGGAUGAGACAAGCAUUUUGUGGUGUUCUGGAAGAAUGCUCAAGGGCAGUAAAUUUCUAUUUGAGUAACAGGGAAAAGUGCUCAUUCUCCAGAAUGAGUGCAUCGCAAUUCUGCUAUCGAUUUCUUCCCUUAUAUUCUCAUGUGACCAGCAACUGGCUGACCUGUGAGGAGCCUGAGCUCAAGCAGGCUAUCAUCAAAGCCCUUGGUCCCAUGAUGAGUCUCCUGCUACACCAAGAGAAGUAUCAGGAUCAGAUAUUUGAACUGAUCUCAUGGCUCCUUGAGCAAUAUAAGGAGGAUGCUCAUGUUAUUCACAUCACCAAGAGUCUGAGCCAGCUCUUGGAGGUCUCUGGUGAAUAUAAGAUCCCUCUCCCUAAGAGGAAGUUUCAAGCCAUCUGCAGUGCUCUGCACAACCAGAUCUGUUCUCAAGCUGAGCCGCUCAGCCUGGAACAUCACCCAGAGCUGGUCUAUUGUAUAGUUCAGCUAGCCCGUUCUUCUCUGGAGGAUCUGAUAGCCUUUCUGCGCUCGCAGCUGAAGGUUGAGAAUGAGGCUGUUCGUGUGGCAUCUCUGAAUCUGCUCAGAGCUAUUGUUGGUGCUGACUUGCCCGAGACAAGACUGAAAAAGUUUCUGAUUGUGAAGGCAGUGAAAUCCACUCUGGGUGAUCAGAAUGCUACGGUGAGGACGGCAGUUCUUCAUUUCAUCCGGAGGCUGCUCAGCUCAGAAAGUGUGGAGAAUUGUGCAGCGUGGGAGAUGGUAGCACAUGUUUUCAGGGAGUUCAGUGUAUCCACCAGCAAACUGGCUAUUCAGGAAGAAAACACUAUCCAAACCCUGUGCAUUGACAUCCUGCAAUGUCUGGACACCUCAGUCAGUGGAAUGACCCAAGUGCUAUGGCCAAGGCUUCUAGAAUAUGUGGUGCCAGCUGAGUACACUGGCACUUUGAAGCCUCUCUGCAGAUGCCUUAGGGAAGUGGUUGAGAAAAAGCAGCAGGAAGGAGAAGAAGCUGCUUGCCUCGACUACGGUGGACCAGUGAAACUCCCUACACCCCAGGGGCUGCUGGCACGACUCCUGGUAGUAGCCUCAUCUCCUUAUGCAGGAGAAGGACACGGAUGUGCUGCCUUGCACUUACUACAGGCCCUGCACCAAAAUAUCCAUGCAGCAGUGGGUGAGAUGUGGGUAGUAAAGAUCCCAUCUCUGGUGCAGUACAUUGAAGGUAAAGCGCUAGUUAGGAGAAGUGCGGUCCAUGGAGAAUAGAAGGGAAGCCAGAAAAUGCAGCUUCGUAUGGUCAUGUGUUGUGCCAU